AUGGCGCAGAUCAAAGGGAUCGACGCUCAUGACCGUCCUCCUGAUAUCAUUCGCCAAUGCUACAAGAAAUACUCCAGGCUCCCCCUGUCUGAAGUCGACAAUGACCCAGGAAUCAUUGAUCUUCAAAAAGUAGAUCCUGAAUCGCAAUCGCAAUUUCCUCCCGGCCUCACUCUCUCUCAAUACAUGUCCAGUCAGGAUCUUCGCCUCGCGUUCGAUGCUUUCAUACAAGGCGAACAUUCAGGGCAAUCAGCGCAGGGUGAUACUCAUGCUCCCUUGGCAGAGAACGUUCCCGUCUAUACCCAUAAUGCUAUUUCUGGUCUUCUGAUCGUCCCCGCCCUUUUCCCUCCUACCAUUCAAACCGAGCUUCUAUCCCGCUUGUUCCACCGAGAUCUCUCUAACCCUCUCCACAAGACCAACCUACACUUGCACUACGACGUCACCUACCCCGGAGGAUCGGAGGAUGUCGAUACUCGUACUACUACCACAAAAAGCUUCUUCUCAGAUGAUCCGACCCGCACGAUUCAGCCCAAAGAUCCACAAGUCCACAAACCCUUGACCGUUCAAAAUGUUAUUGACAAGAAACUCCGCUGGGUUACUCUGGGUGGCCAGUAUGAUUGGACUGCGAAGGUUUACCCCGAGGAGGCUCCGCCGACUUUUCCACAAGACGUUGCCGAGCUCUUGCGGGCCGCAUUUCCGCAAACCGAGGCCCAGGCCGCUAUUCUAAAUCUGUACUCGGCGGGGAUACUCUGA